AUGGAUACCAAGGAUUCUAGGCCGGUCAUGGCCUUUGAUGUUAGAGACAGAAAUACGCACAAAUUUCUUCUAGUUCAACUUUUCGUCAUAAUGUUGUUCACAUUCUACACAACGACACUCUUGUAUUUGCCGAAAGUGAAAGACCAGCUAAUACCAUCUCGUCGUCGCCUGGCAAUCACAUCACCAGCCAUUAUCGAUCAAGUCAACCAUAUAUCAAUCUUAUCCUCGGAUCUCACAACAAAUGAGACACAUGAUCAUGGGAGCUCCGCUGCUUUACUUUGUGGCGACGUCUGGCUAGCUCUGAGUCUCAUGGCUGGAACUGAUGCUUUCUGGGUUGUGGCAACCUUUAAUCACACCCUCAUGAAGAACUGGCACUACUUUGUCAGUAUGCGAAUGAUGGCGUUGGCAUCCAUUUUUUCAUUUUGCCUGUAUAUACCUUCCAACUGGGGCAAAAAAAACUUUCGACUCCAGGAUUACUCGUUCGCCCUUUGUUUGUCUUGUCUUACAUAUUUGCUGUUCAACUAUGCAUUAUCACGAGCACAUCGACGUCCACCGACCACUCUUAUCAACGCGCAUAUCGGAUCACUUCAACAGUACAGCGACAAGAUGAGCCGCUGUUCAUUCGGAUGGAGUCGUGCGCUAAAGGUGUCUGCGAUUAUCUGUUCGUUUCCAACUGUGCUUACUGCGAUUAUGCCUUCGGGAUGGGUUACCGUCAUCCCGUUGCUGACUAUCCCAUUCGAGUCAAUUCUACUAGCUUCAAAAAAGCUGGGACGGAGUCCAGAAUUCAUACUAAGUGGUGGCGUCUUCAUCCACGCAGUAUGCUUCACACAUUGGGGUCUUUCACAAGUCACUUCAAGUCCACGACUUGUCCUCCCCUCAUCGGCGUUUCUGACCCUUGUAGUGGCAGGACGCCUGAUCCUGGACUUUCAUCUGCAAUCCUCAUCACUCAGAUACCCGGAGUUUUUAUGGGUGCGGAAAGAGGUUCUUAUCUCAACAAAAAGUCUUGUGAUGAUUUGUGUUUUGUGUCUAUUAGCGGAGCAAGUUGGGGUACCUGUGGUUUCAUACUGCAAGUUGUUCGUCAUACCUGUGUUUUACUCGAUUAGUUUAUUGGGCGUGGCGACGCCCGCAGCAUACAGUCUCGUCACGAAGAAGGUUAAAUGUUGA